GGAUGGGCAGGGUCCAGAAUAAAACGGGUUGAGCUGGGGAUUUCUUUGAGUCAGCUGUGGCUCCUUGGACUAAUCGAAUUUACUGCUGUGUUAGUAGCUGUAAAUCCAGGACUGUCAUGCCUUGCCUGAGACGGGUGGCACUGCUCUGCGUGCUCCUUCAGAGUGUGUCUGCCCAGGCGGAAGACUACAGGGCAGCCAAGUCCAUUUACGAGUUCACGGCCAAGGACAUCGAUGGCAGGGAGGUGUCCCUGGACCAGUACAGGGACAAGGUCUGCAUCAUCACCAACGUGGCCUCCAAGUGAGGCAAGACGCCCGUAAACUACACUCAGCUUGCGCGGAUGCACGACGAGUAUGCUGAGAAGGGUUUACGGAUCCUGGGCUUCCCCUGCAACCAGUUCGGAAAACAGGAGCCGGGGACGGAGGCUGACAUCAAGGAGUUUGCGAAGUCCUACAAGGCCGGGUUCGACCUGUUCAGCAAGAUCGACGUGAACGGGGAGGGCGCGGACCCACUCUGGAAGUGGAUGAAGGAGCAGCCCAAGGGGAAGGGGACGCUGGGAAAUAACAUUAAGUGGAAUUUCACCAAGUUUCUUAUUGACCGAAAUGGGCAAGUGGUGAAGAGGUACUCUCCGAUGGAUGAUCCAGUUGUGGUUGAAAAGGACCUCCCCAAGUACCUGUAGGUGGUCCCGGAUGACCUGGAAUCCCACACGGUCUCCAUCCUUCUCUCCUGUCCUCGCCUGUGGAAAGCUGGGGGUCUGCUGUCCCCCCCAGACCAGUGACGGCCUGCCCCUAAACCCGUCUAACGGGGAGGGCAGGCCUGAUGAAUUACGGCGUGCACCCCCUCCCUGGGAGGAGCUACAACCCCCCCCAGCUGUGCCACACGAGAGGACACUUCCUCCACCUUCAGUAUAAAUAUGUAUAUCCCAAGCCAUGUUUAUGCCGUGACCGACAAUAAACACAAAACAUUUGA